AUGGUGUACAAUUCGUUGACUGAUGUUCCUCACAACCUCAGGGAGGGUAUUGACUGGCUGAUAGCCUUGAAGGGUACUGAUGGUGAAAAGAACUUGGCGGCGAUGGGCUCUGCGCUUUACGAUUUGCUCGCAGACAAGCCUGUUGGCAAAAAAGUGUUACCAGCUCUCGAGCAGAUAAAGCCUAUUACUAAGCAAUUCUUAGAGAAACCGGGGCUGAAGGGCCACUGGUCCGUAAAGAGGCUGUUGGGGAGAUUUAGCGAACCUAUGAAUAAAACUAUUUUCAUGUGGUUCAAGCAUCAGUGGGGAUACUACGCAAGUGAUUAUGAAAACAUCAUACAGACGGAGGGUGUCAAACUUAAAGACAUGGUAGAGAACCUAGGUAAAGUUGUGCAUGGUACUGAGAAGUUCUUGGAUGAUAUAAAAAACCCUGACGAGUACAAGUCGGCUUACAGUUCGGAGGCGACGUGGGAUGCGUCAUGCGCAAAGAACCCGGAAGCGUGUGCUAUGGUUCUGGUUGGUAUUGCACCGAUGCUGUACGCAGGUCUACUAUGCUUGUGGAAUGCAAGCGAUGAUGCAGCCGAAAAAUGGCUGGUUAUCAAUGCUAACGAGCGUUUUGAAAAGCUAUUGAAAGCUUUGGAUUACAAAGAGCCGGAUUGCAAAGAUAAUCUGUCUGCUGCUGCUGUCCGCAAAGCCUUAUGCAGUUUGGAUAAUUCAGUGGACAUCCUCUACGACUUAGCUGGAUUUUGGGCAUUCUAUUAA